GUUGUCAAUUGUUUGUCAAAAAGUUGGCAAUCUCAUCUUGCAAAAUUUGUUCUCGCUCGUUUUCUCGUCUGUACAUUUGUUAUUUUUGUGGACAAAUUGAAUCUUACUUGAACAAUAAUUUUAAUAGAUAUUCCAGAAUGAUGACCAGGAAGUAGUGUAUUCGACAAUAACGCGAUGACAUAAUGGUUCUGUUUUGUCGUUGAUGGUCAAGAAACUGCUCUAGAUAUGGACAAUAAUUUUGAUUCACCCGUAAACACUAGCCCUCAGGGCGAGUAUGAGGGCUACAAGGAGAGUGAAACGGAUUACUCCAGCAUCAGGGGCAAGAUGGUGCUGGUAAGUCCAACAGCGGACGAGUAUGAACUGCUACGGAAACAACUGCUCGAAAGGUUGGAGUCUGGGAAUGGUGAAAUUAUAUAUGAUAUUGGACACGGUGAAGACGGCAGAGGUUUAACGGAGGACGAGUAUAGUGCGUCGCUGGCGACGCUGCAGUCCCUGGUGAGCGCUGAGCGGGUGUCGUGCGUGGAACUGCGCCGCUGGCAGUGCGGCACCGGCCUCACCGGCCAGUACCUGCUGAGGAUGGAGGUGGACGACACAGAUUUUAUGGAAAUCAGGGUGGCGGUUGUGGGUAACGUGGACGCGGGCAAGUCCACGUUGCUGGGUGUGCUGACACACGGCGAGCUGGACAACGGGCGAGGGUACGCCCGGCAGAGGCUGUUCAGGCAUAAACACGAGAUGGAGAGCGGCAGGACCAGCUCUGUGGGGAACGAUAUACUGGGAUUUGAUAGCCUGGGCAACGUCGUGAAUAAACCGGACCACGGUACUCUAGACUGGGUGAAGAUCUGCGAGAAGUCUUCCAAGGUGAUCACGUUCAUCGACCUGGCGGGCCACGAGCGCUACCUCAAGACCACCGUGUUCGGUAUGACCGGUCACGCGCCGGACUUCGGCAUGCUUAUGAUAGGGGCGAACGCUGGAAUAGUGGGCAUGACUAAGGAGCACUUGGGACUCGCGCUGGCGCUGUCCGUGCCCGUGUUCGUGGUGGUCACCAAGAUCGACAUGUGCCCGCCCAACGUGCUGCAAGACAAUCUGAAGCUGCUCAUCAGGAUCCUCAAGUCCUCCGGCUGUAGGAAGGUUCCUGUUAUGGUGAAGACCAAGGACGACGUUAUUGUGAGCGCAACUAACUUCGUGUCGCAGAGGCUAUGCCCAAUCUUCCAAGUGUCGAAUGUGACGGGCGAGAACCUCGAGUUGCUAACGAUGUUCCUGAACUUGUUGAAAACGCGGAUGCCCUCGCAGGACGACAAGCCCGCGGAGUUUCAGAUAGACGACACCUACUCUGUGCCGGGUGUGGGCACAGUGGUAUCGGGCACGACGCUGGCGGGCGUGAUCCGGCUGAACGACACGCUGCUGCUGGGGCCCGACCCGCUGGGCCGCUUUACGCCCAUCGCCGUCAAGAGCAUCCACCGCAAGCGCAUGCCUGUGCCCGAGGUGCGCGGCGGGCAGACCGCCAGCUUCGCACUCAAGAAGAUCAAGAGGUCGCAGAUUCGCAAGGGCAUGGUGAUGGUGUCGCCGGCAUUGAACCCGCAGGCGUGUUGGCAGUUCGAAGGAGAGAUCCUAGUGCUACAUCAUCCGACCACGAUUUCCUCACGCUACCAGGCGAUGGUGCACUGUGGCAGCAUCCGGCAGACGGCGUCGAUCCUGUCGAUGUCGCGCGACUGUCUCCGGACCGGCGACAAGGCGCUCGUCCGCUUCCGCUUCAUCAAGCACCCGGAGUACCUCAAGCGCGGGCAGAGGAUGGUGUUCCGCGAGGGCCGCACGAAGGCAGUUGGCAACGUGCUGCGGCCCGAGCCGGCCGCGUUCAAGCCGCCGCCGCGCGCCGCCCAGCCGCGCGACCGCCGCGCUCAGCUCACACUUGCAUCACACGCCGCCGCCGGCCCGCAGCCGCCGCUGUCGCAGCUGCAAGAGAGCGACGUGACGGCAGCGGAGUCUCCGUUCGAGGUGCAGGCGGACAAGCGAGGCGCGGGCGCUGGCGGCGGAGGAGGCGGCGGGGGAGGCGCACGUCGCGGCCGCAAGCGACACGACAAACCACCCGAACAGCCUGCUGUCGUCGCCAACUAAGCACCUACUUUAAGCCCAACAUCACGAAAAUUAUAACAAGUCCAGAGCAUUAAAAAAUAAUGGCAGCAUGGGAGUGAUACUAUGGACGUUACAGUUUUCUAUGACGUCCAUAGCGCUGUUUACAUACGCAGAACUUUCAUCAGGUGGGCCAUCAGCUUGCUAUUUAAAAUUAAAACGAUCCAAUUGGUCAUAGUAGUUGCGGCCACUCUUUACUCACCUGAUAAACGAGACACAUCGAUAAAUAUGCCGUUCAUGUUUGAGACCUCGCUCCCAUUAUCGCGUUAAGGACGAUUUCUAAAACACGCUCUGGAUUUACCUUUACACUGUCAAAUAUAUAGACCUAUAUUUAUCUCCAAAAUUAAGUAGACUUUUACAUACAUAGAUAAAAAGUUCCAGUUGUACAACCUGUUACUGACCGCGGUCAUGUUCGUGACGAAAUCAUUCAGCUAGAUAAAAAAAAUACGUCGGGCUUAUUCGUCGUCUGCGCAUGUUCUAAAAUAUUACACUUGUUUUAUUAUUUGUAAGAUAGAGACAGAGUUACAUACUGUUUUAUAAAUGGCAAAAUAUAUGUGAUUAUUCAAGCUAAUUUCCCAUAUAUAAAACUCAUUAGAUUUAUAAAAGAAAUAUAUAUAUAUGGUCCAUUAGAUUUGGCAGUGUAAUAUACCUCUAUUGCAACGGCUCCGCCUUGUUAGUAUCAGUCAGAUGUCAGUUUCGUUAAAAAUCAGCGGCCAGUUUAUGUAAUUCAAUGUAAUUGCUACUAAUUGAAACUGACACCUUUGCUAUUAAGGAUAGAGUUUCAGUUACCAGUUCAAGGGUUUGAAGCAAACAAUUACAUAAUCCUACCGCACACUUGUCUCCUAUUAGAGUGGCUAGUUAAAUUCAACGAAGUACAAGAUCUAAAUGGUAGGCUACAGAUAUUUUUAUGUGUGUAUGUGUAUCUCGCUCGUCGCCGUCAGGUACAAUAUUUCGUAUAAUUGUAGUGUACUUCAUUUGAAGUCUUAAGUCUCCAGAGUUCAUAUUUUUUACUAAAGUAUUCUUGUCGCUGUACAAAUCGCGUUUACAUUUUGUCUUACCACUUUAUUAAGUCGGCGACGUUGAAAAUGAGUAUCUAAACUUUUAAUAUUCAAUAUUUUGAUGUUUACAUUGUAAGCUCAAAACACGAUAAGUAUAGAUCUAAUAAUCUUUUCGGACUCGUGUCCGAGCAAGGUAAUAUUAUAGCAAAAAUAAUAGUAAAUUAUUACUCACAGUGUUGUCUUAAUAGAAUACGUUAUAGCUUAUUUUGUCCUAAAAGAAACUUAUCAGAAUAAAGCAAUACUGGUGACAUAGGUUAUGAAUAAAAAAAAAGAAUGUUGACUUUAAAUUUAAUGAAGAUGCAGAGCUCAAAACUUCAUUGUAUCAUCCAACAAUAACAAUAAAUGGUUCCAUACUAAUUAACAAAAAGGUUUGUUAUAAAAAUAUUGACAUUGGACAGAUUUGAAUAAAAAAUUAAAUGUUAUUAAAAAAAAUGUUACUUGUGCAAAAUAGGUUUUAUAUUAUUUUCGUUUUGUUUUUUUUUUACAUAUAUGUAUAAUCCCAUAAGAUUUUGUUAUUUGUUUUCUUAUAUUUUAUUUCUCAUGGGUCUUGCAGUAUUUUAAUUACUAGAAAUAAAUAAAUUUGUCUCUUGGACUAUAAUUGGUACUAAAAUAUCUGAAUUGUAUCUCAGUAUUUAGUGUUUUUAUUAUUACUUGAUUUUAAUAACUAUUUAGUAAUAUAAGAAAAUACUAAAUAUUCAAUUAUAGUACCAAUAUUACUUGACUAAAUAAAUUCAAGCAGCUUUAAGUUCUUGUAAGUUAGUGCAAUGAGAUAGUUCCAAUGUUUGUAACUCCAGUGUAAAUAAUUUAAUAUUCAUAUUAGCUCAGUAAUUAAGUUUCAAGUGAGAUAUUUUUGAUGAGACCAAGAGUAUGACAGACACCUUUUCUACUGUGAUAUGGUAGAGUUACAAACACUUAGUGAGGCUAGUCGCUAGUCUCAGUCUCAUAUCAUUAACAUAUUUUACAAUACCAUCAUUAGAAUGUGAUUUUUUUCUAGUUUAAGAAGAUAAUUUUAUUGAUUGGUUCCAAUUUGAGUGAAGAAAUUAAACUAGAUCCAAAUAAAA